AUGAGAAGGACAGACGACAGAUGGACACGAAGAACUCAGGAAUGGAUUUCUCGCGAAGCAAAACGUCCUCGAGGGAGACCACCGACCAGGUGGGCUGACGUGUUCGUUGCACGGAUGAACCAGCUGAAUUCUCGUAAUGGAUCUGGAUCUCGCGAACGUCGCCGCUGCAAUUCAAUACCAACAUCGUUGAUGACGCUAGCGAGAGACAGAAACGGAUGGAAACAGUGCUGUGGCCUGGACGACAAGUGA